GCCACGCUGGCCGCCGCCGCCGCCUCGGCCGCUGAUGCCAAGGCGGUUCGGAUGAAGACCGCCCGGCAGCUGAAGGAGAUCCUGGCCGACCUCGACAUUGACGUGCCUGCGGGCGCGGACAAGGAGGCUCUCCGCGCGCUGGCGACGGAGCACGACGCCAUCACCAAGUACGAGGCCAAGCAUCCCGAGAAGAAGAAGAAGAAGCCCGCACCGGGCGCCGGCGGCAUGCCAUCUGGCGACGCGAUGGGGGAGAUGCUCUUCCCCAUGCUCGACAAGGACAAGGAUGGGAAGCUGUCAAAGGAGGAGCUCAUGGCGAUGGCACAGCAGGCGGGCGGCGGCGGGGCCAAGGGCAAGGAGGAGACGGACAACGCGUUUGCUUCCAUGGACGUCGACGGCGACGGCUUUGUCUCCAAGACGGAGGCCAACGCCUUCUUCAGGAGCAUCGCGGGCAUGAUGGGCGGCGGCAUGGGCGGCGGCAUGCCGGGCGGGAUGGGCGGCGGCGGGAUGGGCGGCGGGAUGGGCGGCGCGGGCGGCGCGAAGCCGACGCCAAAGCCGCAGGCGCGGCCGGCCGCCUCGGAGGAGGAGGAGGAGCUGCCCUCGCACGAUGAGCUCUGAUCACGGAUGUCUGCUCCGUGAUCGGCGCGCGCGGCCACGGAUGACGGUGGUGAUCCUUCAUCGGCCAUCGCGCGUCGGCGUCUCUCGUCUCUGUGGGUCUAGGGCCGUGUAUACAUGUAGGCAUUUGUCUCGAUCUC